AUGGGCCGAAAACACUGGUGUGGCGCUGGCGUGGCGCUCGCAGCGCUGCUCCUGGCAGUAAUGGCUGCCGUCGUGCGCCUCCUGAUGCUCGUUGUGCACCUUGUGACACUGCGCUACUCGCUCGUGAUUGGCUCAAUGGCCUUCACGCUCUGGUUCGGACUAUCGCGGCGACGGCGGUGCGCCCGGGGCUUCUAUUCGUGUUCGCAGGUACCUCCUGUGCAGCAGACGGAGCGAGUGCAGCCAACAGCUAAGGAGCAAGAAGAAGAAGCAGGAGCAAAACACAAGCAGCAGCAGCGGGUGGCAGCAGUGGUGCCCCUUGCUGGGAGGGUCAUGGACCAGCUCAAGAAGGUCGCAACGACCGCAGCAUCCGAGACGGAGUCCGAAGAUGACGAGAACGAGGCAGCUGUUGUACACGUGGCUAAUGUUACCAUGGUGUUGCCAAGUAGUCAGUGUGGCUCGUCUGCUUCUGCUUCUCCUUCUCCUUCCCCUUCUUCUGGACAUGACAAGAGGCUUGUGGACGUGCGGACGCGUAGAGAUCCGACGGUCGACGAGCUGCUGCUGCAGCAGCGACGAAGUUGGCGUCCACGAUCGUCCUCGGCUGUUGACGACAGCAGAUACGCUCGUGUGACGGAUAGAAGCACGGACUCUGGUAGGAGAGUUGACUUGCAUGAGAUGGAGUCGAUGUGCGGAGUCGCACGGCGUCGGGCGGAUACGGGCUUGGCCAUUAACAACAAUAACAAGGUGAAGCAGCACGAGCGGCUGAGGCGGGCGACGUUCAUGUCGAAACAGGAUACACACGCGGUUUCCCGCUCGGACCGACUAGAAGAAGCACGAGGCUCGGAUGGCUACUGGAUUGGGGAUUUCAGCAUGCAACGACGUCUGGUGUCUCGCCGCAGCUACAAUACCAGUCCCAAGGCCAACUGA